CGGCCACGUGAGUCUGGUAGUCGAGCGGCGUCCACGUAGCAGACGAAAGAAGGCUGUAUGUCUGUCUGUCUGUGUGUCGCUGCUGGCUGUCAAGGUGUCUGGAAUUACCUGUUCGUUACGGGACUUUCUAACAUUGCCUGCGUGCCCGGGAACAUGGCACUGGUGGGCGACUAGGAGAGGAGUGAAGUGGUGCCCCCCACUCCAUGUCCUGCACAGAGAUCUUUGGCUUUGUGCUGAAUGAGGCACUGUGUCACGUCAGCCGCCGCCCUACCAAACACAAUCCUGCCAUGUUCUCCCAUCUCUCAGAUGCUCUGCAGGCAGCUGCUGAUAUGGUGGCGCCACCUUGUCCCCGAGUGGAGGAUCUUCGUUACCACUGGACACAGCUCUCCAUUGUGUGCCAGCGGUGCCAGCAUGCAGAAGGCCAAAAACCAGCUGUUGAGGAAACUCAUAUCCCUCGACAUCUACUCCAGAUGCUCAAGGCACUGGUGGCAGAGGAGCGGGAGCAGGGUGUGGUGGGUCCUCUAAGCCCCUGCAUGGAGUAUUUGGUUCAAGAGAAGGUGUUGGCAAUGCUAGCUCUCCAUGCCAAGGCUGACUGUCCGCUGGGAAUACGACAGCAUGCCUAUGUCUUUCUGGUGGGAGUGCUUAACCACCUCCAUCAUUCUCAUCUCCACCAUGCUCCCAUACACAAACCUCUCCAGGCAAUGGUUCAGGCCAGUUGCGAGAUGAGAGCCUCACCAUAUGAAGCAGAAGAGAUGGAAUUUUUGUCUACAUUAUGUGAAAAGAUUCGCCAAGACAGCAGCAUUAUCUUGCUUUACAUACAGCCAUGUGCCAUGACUGGUGGACAGAUGGGCAGCUUCCCCUCAGAAGACAGUCUUCCUCCAACCCCAACCCACGAAGCAAUCACAACCACAUCAACCUCUACCCCCACCACCACCACCACCGCUACCACUACCACUACCACUACCACCAAUGACAUCAGUGUCUCCUCUUCAGAGGCAGGAGAACAGAAACCACAACCUAAAUUUCCACUCAUUGAUGCUCUUCUCAACCUGUGCCACAGUGCAGACAGCAAAAUUUCAGGGACAGCUCAUGAAUGUCUAGUGAGCCUAGCCAGUGUUCGAGAAGCUUGGAGCAGCACUACCAUUGCACGGCACACACUCCUCCCCCAUUACCUUGCUACCAGGCUGGUUACUUCAUCUGAUGCCAUCCCUGCAAUUACAGAACCUGCUCUCAUAGAAGAUGUGUCUUUGUCUAACUCCACCAGGAGUGAACAUCAAGAAAACAGUGACAAUGAAGAAGAGGAAGAAGUUGGUGAGUUCCCAGGAAAGAAAGAAAUAGUCACAUUCCUGCACUGGCUUACCUUCUGUGACAAGAUGAUGAGUGUGAGUGAUGGAUCUCUUGGGUCCAGCAUCUGCAUUACUGUGAGGGAGGCCUUCCUGGAUGGACCAUUGAGGAGUGGUCUUUCCAGCCCGGAUGAAGAUGCUCGCUCUCUGCACCUGGCCCUCGCUGCCAAGAUUGUUAUAUCUGUGUCAGCACCAAUGCUGGUUAAUGCAAUCAUUGGGUGGCUGACAGAAGAUGAUCUGGAGGGGACUGAGGGAAGUAUAAGGAACCUUUUGUUGCAGCAGUGCCGGCAGCCUCCACAUCACCUCCAGAUACAGGCACUAAGACUGCUUCAGGUAAUGCUUGAGAAGCCUGGCAGUCUGGCUGUCCAGGCUUUGGUUCUGAACUACAUGUGUGGCCGACACUACCAUGACUCCUCUGCUGCUGAACACCAGCAGAGUUCUUGGUCAGAUGAGGAAGAUGAGCGAUACAAGCACAGAGAAGGUGAAAGAUCUCCUGAUUCUUUGCCCAUCAGCAGAACUCUUGCUCCAGCUAACAUCAGUAAGAUUGUGAAGAGAUUCUUGACGCUAGUGCCUGAGGAACUGAGAUCCACUACCAAGGAUGACUUUGAGAGCUACAUAGCUGAUGCACAAAGGCAGUACAGAGAUAUCUGCAGGUCAUGUGCAUCAUUUGGAUGGCCAAGGGAGGCAGUCACCCCAGAGUGUCCUUCUGACUCCUCCUCCACGGCAUCUCGUGAGUCGCGGCCCGAAGCAGAGACCAACACCUUCUAUGAAGGGCCCUUCCUUAAUAUGCUUAUGGACUUCCUCGAUCAUCUGCCAGAACAGGACUAUGACAUCAACUUACAAAUAACAUCACUGGUGGCCACUCUGGCACUGUUGCCACACCCACACCUUCACGAGUACCUGCUCAACCCAACUCUCACUUUGAACGGUGGAGUGCGCACACCCUACACUGUGCUGGGUCAGGUGGUGGGCCGCAUCCACCAGCCAAUUUUAGAACGAGAGGACUAUGUGGACCAUUUGCGGGUCACCAGGUACCAACUCCUCGGCACCAUGGAGGACUUUGAUUUUGAGAGAGAUGUGGAUGACCGCAAAUUUGAGGCAUUAAUUGUUAUUGAGGAGUUUGCCAAAGAGCUUGCGUCCAUUGCAUAUGCCAAGUACAGUAUAGAGAGUGGUAUGUGGUGAGCCUGUCCAAUUGAAAGGUUACAUGAUUUUUUUAAGUGAUGGUCUAUCUUGCCAUUUCCCCAAAUGUUAUUUAUUUGAAUUUUCUCCAAAUAAUUUAUAUUUUUAUAAUGUUGGAUAAGGUUUCCUCUCUUUAGUUUAAUUGGAUUUAUUUGCUUCCAGAAUUGACUACCUUCUUUUCUUUGUGCAAUAACAUUCUGUGUUUUAUCCUGAUGGUAUUUUAUAAUGUUGUAAGUGUCCCCUGCAAAACUCAGCAGAUCCUAAGCACAAUUGUUGUUGAGAAAUUAUGCAGCUCAGAGUAUGAAAACAGUCCAAAGGUUCCAGAGUUAAUGAGGAGAUAACAAGCUGAAGUAAGAACAAAGAGGCCAUGAAUGUAGUAAAUACAUUGAAAGGCAAGAAGUCAUGAUAUUCUCUCUCUCUCUCUCUCUCUCUCUCUCUCUCUCUCUCUCUCUCUCUCUCUCUCUCUCUCUCUCUCUCUCUCUCUCUCUCUCUCUCUCUCUCUCUCUCGUUUUAUUCACUGUGUUUUCAAGUGGCUGUAGUGAGUGAAGGAAGGCAAAGCACAGAGUAAUAUCUUCAUUAUAGAUGAUGAGACAAUGUGUGCUGCAAUUCCCACCUGACCACAGGUCACAUCUGAAGUGUGCUGCUUUAUGGUUAAUCAGUCACAUGCUUGCAUCACUGAGAAAAAAGUGUAUUGAAUUUUUUAUCACAUUACUCUGACAUUUCUUUUUUAUAGUAAUACCUCAACAUGUAAGUCUUAUACACUGCAUGCCAUAUUUUGCCCUGUCUCUUUAUUUCAUACAAGAUGGUUAAUUAAGAGUGUAUGUGAGGUUUGCUUCCUAUUAUAUUACACCUUCCAUUGAUUCUACAGAGAACAUCUCUCAAACAAAAAUUUUUGACUUCAGUCUUAGUUUUGAAGUACUUAUUUAUUUAUAUUUUUCACAGAGAUCUGAUCAUAUUAUUGACAACUAAAAUUUUUGAUUGAACUAUCUCAUAUAUCUUGCUAUACAUAUUAUAUAUGUAAAAAAAAGUGAUUUGGCUGCACAUAUCUAUAUUUUGCUAGGAAAUAGAAGCUGGUGGUAUGUGUCAUAUCUGAAUCUCUUGUUGGACUUGUUUCUCAAGAUUUCAUUAGUUUCUUUACAGUUUACCUUUUGCUUUGACUCUGGAUAUUGUGAGACAUUUAAUGCCUUGAAAAUGUGAAUUGCUUCAUGGAACCAUUGCCCCUCAUAGGAAACAAAUACUGUAUUACUUACUAUACCUUGAGGUUCUUGAGUGGCUCCUCAGAGGUGGCUGAAAUUGCUUGGCAUCCUGGCAGCAUUGCCAGGCUGGUGGCUAGUGAAUGAAUGCCUGACUUGCAGAACUUGAGGUGUGGCAGAGUGCUGCUUGAUGCACUAAGCUAUCUGCCCCUAACUGUAUUAAUGUAUGAAAACUAUGAUUUUUAUAUAUUCAAGAACAUUAUCUAUAUCCCUUAGAUUCAGUAUGCAUAUGACUUUUAUGAAUUAUAUUAAAUGGAAAUAGUAUCUUAAAACCUGUAGGUACCAACCUUUACAGUGGUAGUUGCAAACUUUGGCAGUGGUUGACUAAGGACUCAAGAGUAACAAUGAUCUAUUCCCAAGCAUGUAAUAAUUCUUGUCACCAUCAUUUAGCUCAACAUUUUAUGCUACAUUGUUCGUUUUUGGUUUUCACUUUAAGAUGUUUGAUACAGCUGCUUCCUUGCACCUUGAGUUGGCGUGUAACUAUAUAAAAUAAUUUCUGUGUCACUCACCUUAGAAGAUGAUAAUUUACAAUUGUUUUGAUUUUUCCAGGAUGUUUUGUGAAAUUAUGUAAUUUUCACUACCAUUGACUUUGAAUUUACAACAAAUGCACUGCACAACCAUUAAGUUGUUUGUCAUAGAAGGAAAAAAGUUUAUCAAGGCUGUCAAUGAGCAAUAGUGGAAAAUACUGCAGCAUCUGUGAUAUGGUAAUGAGCUACAUAAAUUACUGGUGUAUAUUCAAGAA